CAACUCAAAACUAGCAACACCGAUUGACAGUUUCCGGUUGCCAUAAGUUCUUUCUUUGUGGCAUGGUGUCGGCAUAAGGCACACCAAGAUGCAGAUCUUCGUGAAAACCCUCACGGGUAAGACCAUCACCCUUGAGGUCGAACCCUCUGACACCAUCGAGAAUGUCAAAGCCAAGAUCCAGGACAAGGAGGGGAUCCCCCCGGAUCAGCAGAGGUUGAUCUUCGCCGGCAAGCAGCUGGAAGACGGUCGUACCCUGUCAGACUACAACAUCCAGAAGGAGUCCACCCUGCACCUGGUGCUGCGCCUCCGUGGUGGCGCCAAGAAACGCAAGAAGAAGAACUACUCCACACCCAAGAAGAUUAAGCACAAGAAGAAGAAGGUCAAGCUCGCUGUGCUCAGAUACUACAAGGUCGACGAGAACGGCAAGAUCCACCGUCUGAGGCGCGAGUGCACCGGCGAGCAGUGCGGCGCCGGCGUCUUCAUGGCCGUCAUGGAGGACCGCCACUACUGCGGCAAGUGCCACAGCACCAUGGUGUUCAAGGACGACGACAAAUAGGAUAAGUGAUCUACCCUACUGUAAGACGACUGUGGAUGACGGAUUAAAUUCUUGACACAGU